AUGCUACCAAACAAAAAUUCCGAGCAGGACUUCUUUGCUGUACUUCCGCCGAUUACCAAUGAUGAUGAUGAGGAUUUGGAGAAAGACUUAACAAAACCAACGAUCGAAGCUCCCAUCUUGUUUGCUCAAAACAAUACCACAACUAAGUGCAAAUAUUUGAUAUUGAACACUUACAAGUUACAAAAGAGAGGAAAUGUUGUUCUUUCAGAACAAUUUACUUUCUCUCGUCACAAGGCAAAACUUUAUGCUUAG